AUGGCUGAAACUGCACCAAAAGCUGUGGCUGCCUCCAGGAAGGAGUCUCCAGGCAGAUGGGGCCUGGGAGAGGAGCAGACAGGCGUGGGCUCCUCGCUCCAGUGCCGCGUGUGUGGGGACAGCAGCAGUGGGAAGCACUAUGGCAUCUACGCUUGCAAUGGCUGCAGCGGCUUCUUCAAGAGGAGCGUGAGGCGGAGGCUAAUCUACAGGUGCCAGGUGGGGACAGGGAUGUGCCCGGUGGACAAGGCCCACCGGAACCAGUGCCAGGCCUGCCGGCUGAAGAAGUGCUUGCAGGCAGGCAUGAACCAGGAUGCUGUGCAGAAUGAGCGCCAGCCACGAAGCACAGCACAGAUCCGCCUGGACAGCAUGGAAUCAGGCAGGAAGCCCCAGCUGGAACCCCUGGCCCCCGCAGGACCCAGCCCACAGGGCCCCACACCUGUUUCUGCAGCCGGAGCCCCGGGGCCUGGAGCUGUCACACCUCUAGGGCAUCACCACUUCAUGGCCAGCCUUAUAACGGCAGAAACCUGUGCUAAGCUAGAGCCAGAGGAUGUUGAUGAGAACAUUGAUGUCACCAGCAAUGACCCCGAGUUCUCCUCAUCCCCAUAUUCCUCCUCCUCCCCCUGUGGUUUGGACAGCAUCCAGGAGAUGUCGGCUCGCCUGCUCUUCAUGGCUGUCAAGUGGGCCAAGAACCUGCCUGUGUUCUCCAACCUACCCUUCCGGGAUCAGGUGAUCCUGCUGGAAGAGGCCUGGAGUGAACUCUUCCUCCUUGGAGCCAUACAGUGGUCUCUGCCUCUGGACAGCUGCCCGCUGCUGGCCCCACCUGAGGCCUUGGCUGCUGGCAGCUCCCAGGGCCGGCUGGCACUGGCCAGCGCAGAGAUGCGCUUCCUGCAGGAAACCAUCUCACGGUUCCGGGUGUUGGCGGUGGACCCCACAGAGUUUGCCUGCAUGAAGGCCCUGGUCCUCUUCAAACCAGAAGCACGGGGCUUGAAGGAUCCUGAACACGUGGAGGCCUUGCAGGACCAGUCCCAAGUGAUGCUGAGCCAGCACAGCAAGGCCCACCACCCCAGCCAGCCAAUGAGGUUUGGGAAAUUGCUUCUGCUCCUCCCGUCUUUGAGGUUUAUCACUUCUGAACGCGUUGAGCUCCUCUUUUUCCGCAAGACCAUAGGGAACACUCCAAUGGAGAAGCUCCUCUGUGAUAUGUUCAAAAACUAA